UGUUAGGUUCUCUGAGAGAGUGAUUGCAGGUAACAGAUGGAUGGAGUCAAAUAGGAUACGUGUGGAUCGUGUUGGAAGACAUUUCUCCUUCUACCUGGCAAUCAUGGAGAACACUGGGACAGAUGCUGCUUCUAUUGUGGUCUAUAAUGAUACACCCACCGCCAUCUCGUAAGCGAUGCAUUAAGGUAAACAAAGACAACCAUCUUGUCCUACUCUACUCCGAGAUGAUUCCUUCUCUGCUCAAACGCACCGAACGAGAGAGGAGCAACCGAUGAGCUCGGCUCUACUCGUCCUUCGAACCAGUCUGACGAUAGAAGCGUGGAAGAAUGAGGAAGAUGAUGCAAAGAAUCCAUCUUUCUUCACGGGUACGUAUUCUGGAUAAAGAGAAGACGGAGGACGAGCAACAGCUGCAGAAGGCCCACAAAUCCCAUGAUUCUCGCGGUGUGGUGAUUCCAAGUUCCUGCUUCGAGCGUUGACGGAGGAGAAGAGAGGAGAGUAGCGGUAAAGGUCGCGCCUUUCCUGGGAUGGUUGAGUCAAAUUCUCCCCUUUAACUGAGAGAAGAGAUCAGAAGAGUCGGAGCUACUGUUCGAUGGCGAGAUCAAGUUCGUUCUUUUGAUCGGGAACAGAGGAAGAAGAGAGAAGGGAAUGGGGAUGGAGGCGGAAGAAGCCGAUAGGGAGGUGCGGAAGAUGGUGCUCGGGAAGUACGAGAUGGGGCGCGUCCUGGGGAAGGGGACCUUCUCCAAGGUGUACUACGGCCGCGAGCUCAGCUCCGGUGAGAGCGUCGCCAUCAAGGUGAUCGACAAGGAGAAGAUCCGCCGUGAGGCCGGCUUGAUGGAGCAGAUCCAGCGGGAGAUUGCGGUGAUGCGCCUCGUUCGCCACCCUAAUGUGGUGGAGCUCCGGGAGGUGAUGGCCACCAGGUCCCGCAUCUUCUUCGUCAUGGAGUUCGUCCGCGGCGGCGAGCUAUUCGCCCGCGUCUCCCGCGGCCGCUUGCCCGAGGGCCAGGCCCGCCGCUACUUCCACCAGCUCAUCUCCGCCGUCGACUUCUGCCACAGCCGUGGCGUCUCGCACCGGGACCUCAAGCCCGAGAACCUCCUCCUCGACGAGCACGGCGACGUCAAGGUCUCCGACUUCGGCCUCUCCGCGCUCCCGGAGCAGCUCCGCCACGACGGCCUGCUGCACACUCAGUGCGGCACCCCGGCCUACGUGGCCCCGGAGGUCCUGCGCUGCCGCGGGUACGACGGCGCCAAGGCCGACAUCUGGUCCUGCGGCGUCAUCCUCUUCGUCCUCCUAGCGGGAUUCCUCCCGUUCCAGGACGAGAGCUUGACGCGGAUGUACGGCAAGGUGUUCAAGGCUGAGUACGAGGUACCUCCAUGGUUCUCCGGCGAGGCCCGCCGCCUUGUCUCCCGCCUCCUCGUCGUCGACCCGGGGAAGCGCAUCUCUAUCCCGGCCAUAGUGCAGCUCCCUUGGUUCAAAAAGGGCUCUUGCCGCCCACCGCCCAUCCACAUCCCUCCGCCGCCACGACACUCGGAGGACGAGGACACAAAACCAGCGACGCCGAGGUUCUACAACGCGUUCGAGCUCAUCUCCUCCAUGGCCACGGGGUUCGACCUCUCGACCCUGUUCGAGAGCCGGCGCAAGGCGGGAACGGUAUUCACGUCACGGUCGCCGGCGGCGGCGAUCGUGGAGGGGCUGGAGAGGGUGGGGCGGGCCCUCGGGUUCGAGGUGGAGCGAACCAAGUCGUACAAGGUGACGAUGGAGGGGAAGACGGAGGGGAGGAUGGGGCGGCUAGCGGUGACGGCGGAGGUGUUCGAGGUGGCCGCCGGGGUGGCGGUGGUGGAGUUCUCCAAGUCUUCCGGCGAUACCUUGGAGUACACCAAGUUCUGCGAGGAGGACGUCCGCCCGGGGUUGAAGAACAUAGUUUGGACAUGGCAGGGCGACGACCCAACCUCCGCCAGCAGCGGGUGACCGGCUUAAAGGUACCUCGAGAUGACCCGAUCCCAGACAGCUACCAGCGGCGACGAGGAUUAGUGGGUAAUAAUUCUUAAUAAUGACCAUGUAAAGACAUGUAAAUAGAUGAUAUUAUGCCUAUGUUUGUGAUUGAAGGGGAGGGGGGGAUAAAUUCUGGAACACAAGUAUUCCUCCAAGAAGUUACACACCAUGCAGUUGGACUA